AUUUAGCGUUGUCAGGCCAGUUUAGCCUCGAACCAAAAUCUUUUGACUUUCAAACAGGAAGUGAAGAAGUAAAAAUUUACCUGUCCGUUUUGCCACUGUUCAUGGCCAAUAUGACAGACAACGUUUACCUGUUCGUACCCAAUCUCAUUGGGUAUGCCAGGAUUGUCCUCGCCCUAGUGUCAUUCUACUUUAUGCCAACAGACUAUGUAACCGCUACAUGGUGCUAUCUUCUCAGUGGCCUCCUAGAUGCUUUUGAUGGACAUGCAGCUAGGAUGCUUAAUCAAGGAACAAAAUUUGGUGCUAUGUUAGACCAGCUGACAGACCGAUGUGCCACCAUGUGUCUGCUUGUGGUACUUUCCUGUUUCUACCCCCAAUAUAUGAUUCUAUUCCAAAUCAGCAUGAUCAUUGAUAUUGUGGCCCAUUGGAUGCAUUUACACAGUUCAGUAAUGAGUGGAUCUACUAGUCACAAGCAGAUAGAUCUUGCAGGAAAUCCCAUUCUACGUCACUAUUACACUAAUAGGAAAAUCUUGUUCACAAUGUGUGCAGGGAAUGAGCUGUUUUACUGUAUGUUAUAUCUCAUCUACUUCACACCAGGCCCAAUUGUUCCUCUUGGAGCAUUGUCAUUUGGCCUCUACUCAAUGAUCUGCAUCCUGUGUGCACCAAUUGCACUUGUGAAGUCUGGGAUAGCACUGGUUCAGUUAUACGCAGCCUCCAGAAAACAGAUUAAAUGUUGUAAUAAUGGUGCAGGAACACCAUAUAAAAAAGUUGCAAUCAUGACAGAAACUUGUAGCGGUAGAAGUUAG